AUGACCCCAUCGUCCGUGCCACCCAACUCAAUUCCACAAAUACAUAGCACACAGACAUAUAUCCCUGGAUACAUGGAGCGCAAGAAGGGUGGAAGCGUCCGGGGCAAAAAGGCCAAUGGACGACGAAAGGUCGCCAGCCUCGUCGUGGAUGACUUGGGCGCUGAGCGAGGCAAUAUCGCGAUGAGACCAGAGGACACAGCGGCUUCCAGCAACGGCCAGAACGAAGAAUCGAUGACGGAGAGCUCUGACGGAAUGCCGACUCCUUCCCCAAGCCAAUUCGGCGGAGAUGGCCUCUCCGUCGACCCCCAGCGAUCGCCCAGCUCGACCAGAAGGCCCAAUGCGUCCCGUAAGCCUUCGUCGCCCAUGGCUCCUCCGUUUAUGGUCUCGGCUCCCGGAAAAGUGAUUGUCUUUGGUGAGCAUGCUGUUGUGCACGGCAAGAAAGCGAUGGCUGCCGCCAUCUCUCUCCGGUCCUACCUCCUUGUAACUACACUGUCCAAAUCCCGUCGAACUGUCACCUUGAAUUUCCGCGACACCGGCCUGGACCACACCUGGGACAUCGACUCCCUUCCCUGGGACGUCUUCCAUCACUCUUCGAAGAAGAAAUUCUACUACGACCGCGUUACAUCCCUAGAUCCUGACCUGCUGGACGCCAUAAGACCGCACAUAUCGAACGUUUCGCCGGAUAAGCCUCCCGAAGUAAGGAAAGUACACCAGGGAUCAGCGAGCGCUUUCCUCUACCUCUACCUCUCCCUCGGCUCACCACAAUCGCACGGCGCGAUAUACACCCUCCGAUCGACGAUUCCAAUCGGUGCUGGUCUGGGAAGUAGCGCGAGCGUCUGCGUCUGCCUCAGCGCCGCUCUGCUGCUGCAGAUUCGCGCCCUGGCUGGGCCGCACCCAGAUCAACCGUUCGAUGAAUCAGAGGUACAGAUCGAGCGUAUCAACCGCUGGGCGUUUGUCGGGGAAUUGUGUAUCCACGGAAACCCAAGCGGCGUAGAUAACACGGUGUCGGCGGGGGGAAAGGCUGUUAUCUUCCGACGAGGUGACUACUCUAAACCACCGAUGGUUAUUCCAAUCUUGGAUUUCCCGGAGCUGCCGCUUCUGCUCGUCAAUUCUCGACAAUCUAGAUCUACGGCGACGGAGGUAGCCAAGGUUGGCACGCUGAAGAAAUUACAUCCCGCGAUUACAGAUUGCCUAUUGGAUGGAAUCGACCAAGUCACAACGUCGGCACACGACUUCAUUUCGUCAGAGAAUUUCGAUAAACAUUCUAGUGAAACCCUGAACUAUUUCGGCACUCUGUUUCGGAUAAACCACGGUCUCCUCGUCUCCCUCGGCGUAUCACACCCCCGUCUAGAACGCAUCCGAGAACUGGUCGAUCACACCGGCAUAGGAUGGACAAAGCUGACCGGUGCUGGCGGAGGCGGUUGUGCCAUUACUCUGAUCAGAACUGACCGUGAGUCGACUGCGCUAAAGCCACUCGAAAGACAGCUGGACGAGGAGGGAUACGAGCGAUACGAGACGACACUUGGUGGGCAGGGCGUUGGCGUUCUCUGGCCGGCUGUCCUGAAAAAUGGCACCGACGAGGAAGGCGGAGAAGAGAUUGACCAGCAGAAGUUUGAGAAUGCAGUGGGAAACCACGGUAUUGAACAGCUGGUUGGUGUGGGCGUGCCGGAUGUCCGUGAAGGGUGGAAAUUCUGGAGGCGUGGGCAUCUGAGCUGAUCCUGAGAGAGACUGUAGAAUCUUCCGAUGAGCUGCCGCUGCCGCUGCUGUUCAUGCAUAGCGUAUUCUAUGUAUUAAUUAUUUAUGCCCUCGGGCUUAAUAUCUCUACUAAUAUUCCCAGGCUGGUCCGCAUGGCUUCUGCUUCGUGAAGGAUUUUA